AUUGAUAUGUGGCGAUGUUAACGGAAAAUUCAAGACAGUUUUCGCUAGAGUGGAAAGUAUCAACAAAAAGAAUGGGCCGUUCAGCUACCUGUUAUGCGUAGGAAAUUUUUUCGGAAACAAUGCCAAAGAUUGGGAGCCCUACGCCAAUGGAUCUACAGAAGUACCGGUUCCAACAUAUAUUCUUGGUCCGAAUAAUGAAAAACAUGUUGGUUUCUAUGCUAAUGCAGAUCGUGGUCAGCUAGCACCAAGCGUUGUUUAUCUUGGCAAAAGAGGAGUGCUGAAUACAAUAUCUGGAAUGAGAAUUGCCUAUGUGAGUGGAGUUGAAGGUGAUAAGAAGGAAUACACGUUUACUAAGGAAGAUAUUAUCCAAGUGCGAGACUCCUGUAUCAAAGGCCAGCCUUCUUAUCGCGGUGUUGACUUCCUGCUGACAUCUCCCUGGCCAAGUGGUAUUUGCAAUUUGGAUGAAAAAGCGGUGAAGAAUCCACCUGCAGGAUCAUCACUCCUCCCUGGUUGGCUGUUCAGAUCAAGCCAAGGUAUCACAUAUGUGGCUUGGAGGGGCUCUAUUACGAACGGUCUCCUUACAAGAAUUAUUGAUUAUUAUAAUUGGGGAUUCUUCCGUUUUCCAUUCUCUCCACUGUUGUCGAUUCUCGUUAACUCGUUGAGGAACCUAGAUGAAGGGCACGGCAUUCACUGCACGAGGUUUGUGGCGUUGGCCGGCGUGGGAAACGCUGAGAAACGGAAGUACAUGCUGGCUCUGAGUGUGACUCCAAUCGACGUGAUGAACGUGAUCGAAUUGCAGCAGCAGACCACUGACCAGACAGAGCUGCCGUACGCAGGCGCCGCCCUGUCAUCGAGGUGUGGUGGAGGGGGAACCGACGAUGCGCAUGCUCAGUUCUUCUACGACAUGUCGACCUCGGAUGGGGGUGGGGCUAGUGGACGCAAGAGGCGCCAUGAUGGAUCUGACAAGAGGCAGCGGCCCACCUUCGAUCAAGACAAAUGUUGGUUCUGUCUUGCUAGUCCAGAAGUGGAAAAGCAUCUGGUGAUAAGCAUUGGAACUGAGGUAUAUUUGGCAUUAGCCAAGGGAGGACUUGUGCCUGACCACCUGCUAAUAUUGCCAGUGGCGCAUCACCAGUCUACAUCCAGUGUACCAUCUACUGUGUCUGAAGAGAUCAAACAAUUCAAAUCAGCGUUGAAGAAGUAUUUCAAAAGUAAGAGAAAAGCUGUUGUAUUCUUUGAAAGAAACUACAAAACAUCUCACUUGCAAAUACAAGUUGUGCCAGUUCCAAUUGGCGCAACAGAAAUAUUGAAGGCGGAAUUUGAGGCUGGCGCUGAAAUGGAAAAUUUCAAUUUGGACGAGUUGCCAGAACAGACUGAUCUGCAGCAGAUAGCCCCUCCUGGCACGCCCUACUUUUUUGUAGAACUGCCUUCGGGUGAGAAACUAUUCCAUAGAGUGCGAAAAAACUUCCCUCUUCAGUUUGGAAGAGAUGUUCUGGCCAGUGAACCAGUCCUGAACAUGGAAGAGAGAGCCGAUUGGAGAGAAUGCAAACUUACGAAAGAAGAAGAAGUUGAAAUAUGCCAGAAAUUCAGAAAAGAUUAUCAGCCUUUCGACUUCACAUUGUAAACAAAUAUCUUGUAUGCUCUCUUUUGGUAAUGUAUCACUUCAUUUCUGUAUAAAUACAAUACAUAUUUUAUAUUUGA